AUGUCGACGAUUCCUCAACUUCUUCAAAUAUUUAAGGAUUCAACUUUCAAGAAUUUGCAAAUGGAAGCCACCGGAGAAGCUAAUAUCGGUAGCUUGUUGGAUAAAAUCAAACCACCGCUACUCGAAGAUGCAGGCCUUGAGGAUUGUGCACUUCCUCCGGACUCCAUACAAGAAGCCUUCCUGAAGGCGGCCACCGCAGUCCGCUCACAUAUUUUCCACGAUUCCGAUGAUGAAUCAGAAGGAGACUGCAUCAAUGAUCCAUGGCCUGGAAACGAAUCUGGAGGUGACAGACUCAUCGGAAUCACAACCGAGGCUGAUCCUCCGGGGGCUUGUGCUCCAAAGAAAGGCAGUGAAUUGCCGGAGGUGAUAGGAGACGAGGUGGUUAUAGGCGAAAGAGAGGGUACGCCGGAUAAGGUGGUGGAACCGGAGGUGCCAGAUGAGGCGGAGAAGUCAUGUGUUGAUGGACUGCAAGGAUUGAAGAUCGGAGAUACCAAUGAUAAGAAAUCUGAAACUAACAAAAAAUUGAAUGAAGAUGAAGAAGACGACGAAAAAAGAAGUCCAGUUUUGGCUGAAGUUUGUAUAUGAUUAGCGACUGUUUUACUUUUUAUGCUUGUAGUAGCAGUAAUAUCUCUAUCAAUUUUACUUUAUUGCUGUAACAUGUUGCUGCUUUGAGCCUAAGACCAUUUGCUGCGUCUAUUUUUUGUCAAAAUUUUCUUUGUUGCGUCUAGACUAUACGUUGCUAUCAAAUUUGUCACUUACC